CAUAUUUAAUAGAGAUGGCAUGAGUAGCAAGGAGGACCUGGCUUUCCGGUUCGCGAUAGAGAAGGUGAAUGCAAAAAUUCGAAGCGACCCUUCGCUAAAUAUGAGUAUGCUCACCUACGAUAUACAGCAUGUAAAAGGCAAUGAUACAUUUGAGGCGACGAAUAAAGUUUGUCAACAGCUUGGUGUGGGCGUGGCUGCCGUGUUUGGUCCCACCUCUCCCCACGACUCUCUAGCUGUUCAAUCUGUUUGUGACGUCAUGGACAUCCCUCACAUCCAGACACACUGGGUGCCCAAGUCCCACCUACCUGGUGAAUCUACCACGGUCACUAUCAACAUGUAUCCCUCCAAUGAUGUCAUCAGCAAAGCCAUCAGCGACCUCGUUACAGCUUUCCGCUGGAAGAGGAUAUCCAUCAUCUACGAGGAUUUUAGUGGUCUAGCCAGGUUAAAAGAUGUCUUACAACUGUCCAUGUACAAGGACACCGAGAUAACCGUCUAUUACACCAAGUCCAUGCCAUUCGGAACCAUGAUGAAGAGGAUCAAGAGUUCUGGAGCCAACCAUAUCAUCAUCGACUGUUCCAGAAGGUCACUGCUCAUCAUGCUUGAGAAGAUGCUGGAAGCUCAGAUGUUAUUACAAGGUUAUAGCUACAUCCUCACGGCAUUGGAUACGUUCUCGUUGGACUUAACCCGGUACAUCGGCGACAUGGUCAAUAUUACAGCACUACAGCUGGUAGACAACCAAAGUCCCGAGAAUAAACAGAUCUUGCAGGAGUAUAAGGAUUAUGCGUUGCAGAAUGGAGUAGGACCGGAAGAUGCAGGCAUGACGGCUGAGGGUGUGUUAACAUACGACGGCGUGAACCUAGUAUCCAAGGCUUUGCACCGUGCUAACCGUCAGACGACCGAUUUAGCAGUCAAGGCGCUCUCGUGUGAAACCAGUCAAGCGUGGGAAACGGGUCUUACACUGUACAACGAUAUCGAAUCGACGAUGGUGUCAGGACUAACGGGGGAGGUUGAAUUCCAGGAGGGAGAGAGAUCAAAUACCGUCUUACACAUUACAUCCCUACACGAAGAUGGUAUGAUACAGAUAGGAAACUGGUCUGAACAAGAUGGAAUCGAGAUGUAUCCUAUCCAGUACCAAUCUUCAGCAGGUUCUAGAUCUGGAAUCAAUAGGACACUGGUGGUGACAACUGUACUGGAGAAGCCGUUUGUGAUGUUCAAGCAGACAGAGGAUGGUCGUACUCUAGAAGGUAAUGCAAGGUUUGAAGGGUUCUGCAUCGACCUACUACAGUUCAUUUCAGAGAAGGUUGGCUUUGAUUACAGGAUCAAACUAGUAGAAGACGGUAACUACGGAGGUCAACUGGAAAAUGGAUCUUUUGAUGGAAUGGUGGCCGAGCUUAUGGAAAGGAAAGCUGAUCUAGCCGUGGCGCCACUCACCAUCUCCUACGUACGAGAGCAAGUCAUCGACUUCUCCAAGCCCUUCAUGUAUCUAGGAGUGACCAUCUUGUACCGCGUUCCUGAACCUCAGAACCCCGGUGUCUUCUCCUUCCUCAACCCACUGUCCUUUGAUAUAUGGAUGUACAUCAUCAUGGCCUAUCUAACCGUCAGUCUCUCCUUCUUCAUGCUGGCCCGGUUCAGUCCGUACGAGUGGUACAACUCCCAUCCGAUCAACCCAGAAUACGACGCGGUCGAGAACCAGUUCACCCUGCUCAGCUGUCUCUGGUUCUCCUUUGGUGGUCUCAUGCAGCAGGGAUCCGAGCUGAACCCCAAGGCCUUCUCCACCAGGGUUCUCAGUGGCUUCUGGUGGUUCUUCUCGCUCAUCUUGGUCUCGUCUUACACUGCUAAUCUAGCUGCUUUCCUGACAGUCGAAAGGAUGGUCUCACCUAUCACCAACGCAGACGACCUUGCCAAACAGACGACUAUAGAAUACGGCACGAGGACGAGUGGAGCCACGAAUACAUUUUUCAGUCGAUCUAAAAUCCACACAUAUAAGACGAUGUGGGAGUUCAUGAGUUCGAGGCAACACGUGUUUGUGCAGACGUACAGGGAAGGCAUCGACAGGGUCCUGAACAACAAGAACUACGCUUUCCUCAUGGAAUCCACCAUGGCCGAGUACGAGGUGUCACAGCACUGUAAAAACCUCACCAUGAUCGGUGGGCUCAUGAACUCGAGGGGAUACGGUGUGGGUACACCGUUAGGUUCGAGAUAUCGAGACGAGAUCACCAAGGCUAUCCUCAAACUCCAGGAAGAGGAUGUCCUCUUGGAGCUCAAGAAUAAGUGGUGGAAAUCGGGCCAGUGUGUGAGGGAUGAUAACAGUAAAGACGACGCCAGCGAGCUGGGUCUCAAGAACAUAGGGGGCAUCUUCCUCGUGCUCGUCGCUGUCAUCCUCGGAAUCAUCACCGUCAUCGCAGAGUUCAUCUGGAAGUCAAAGCAAAAUGCAGAAAUUGACAAGAAAUCGCUAUGUGCAGAAAUGAUGGCUGGAAUCCGCUUCGCUUUUAGAUGUAAUGGUAAAAAGAAAGCACCACCGUCAAUGGAACAUAAAUACAUCCCUUCGCCGUAUCCUACUGGCAUAAAUGGACAAAUGAUACCAAUGACUGAGACAGUUGCGUAACUGAGUAAUUUUAUGAAACAUAUGGGUUUUGAACCAACACGACGUCGAUUGAUGUCGGCGAAUGUCACGGUAUUCCUUCUUUUUAGGCUGUUUGUCAAAAUAAUUCUUUCUGAACUGACGAGAGGGAGGAAAAGCGAAGGAAACGUCAAUAGAUGGUAUGGGAAUACAUCUGCCAUCUGUGGUAUCUCUAUCCGUGAUCUUUUUUUAUUCGUUGCUUAGCAACAGAGGGCGUGGUUCGUGGCAUCUCGGCGUAAAAGAAACAUGUCAUCUAUGAACAUAGUUGAAGGAGUGUAGAAUUGGCGCCCUAAACUAUCUUCGCCGCUGAAUACAUCUCAUUGCGAUCUAAAGAUCUAAUAAAGAAGGGAGAUAAGUUUUAUAUUUAUACAUGCUUCAAACGAGAAGAUGAAAACAUAUCUUCAUGUGUUAUAAGAUGUUUUGGUGGAGUCACAGCACAUUUUAUUCUUAAGCUCAAGGAACCUUGUAUAUUCAUCACUAUUAUAAUAAUCAUGAAACAAAGCCAAAUUCAUUUAUUUAUAAAACAAUAAAACGAUGUUGUAUUACAUAGAAAAUUGUGUAUUGGUAUGAAUAUGUGGGUUUUUGUGACUAUUCAUUGUGGACAAAUGGUCCUUUGUUUUAGGUCUUCCAUUAUGACAUCAUAGUAGUGGCCAUGCUAUGCAACAGUUUAAAUUCUAAUAGCAUCCUGGUGAUGUGACGUAAUAAUGAAUCAACUGUACUGAUGUGACUACGCGAGUAGGAAGCUUACGAUUCACGACGGGAGGUUUGAUGACGGUACGUCAGAGCAGAGUUAACACCUAAAUAGAUUUUACAAGCCAGUCAACACUCGUAACGUAUAAGCCCGUGCACGGUAAAGAGUACAGUGUCGUUUCAAGGGCAAUAACAGUUUAUGUGAAUGCCGCACUCUCAGGUGUUAAAAAUACAUAAUGCAUAUCGUGGUUUGAGCAUACACCAAAUAUUGUUACACUGUAGAAAAUAAAGUGCUAAUUCAGCACUUGUAUAGUAACCUCACUUCGGAAUGCCGAUUUCGAUUUCGAAUUUGAAAUAGAAAACAAUAACUCCGAAGUGCAGUCACUAUACAAUCUAUGCAUUACAGUGCUGAAUUAACACGUCCUUUUUAGUGUGUAUAAUGACAACAAAAUUUGGUAUAUCAUCACCAAUAUUGUUGAACGUCCCGAAUUUUGCAAUGGCCUAUGGCCCUAUAACCACUGGCAGUGUACUUUUGACAUCACCGCGUGCGGAAAUGAUUUUUCAAAAGGAAUUGCAGUGAUCUAUAUAUGCUUCUGUCACCAAAGGUACCGUCCUAAUUCGUAGGGUCCCUACUCUUUCAGGCAUGUUUUAUCUAUUUGUCAAAUAUCGUGAUACAUACCUAAUUGAUGUUAUGCAUAAUUAUGACGUCAUACUAUCAUAGCGCCUUCCCUCAGAGGAUAUAGGAACAUGCGUAAACGGAGUUGGCAGAGAUGCGCCCGCCGCAGAUCACCAUUGGAUGCAAGGCAAUGGCUGUAGCCUCUAGGAUGGCGGUGCGGUGACGCCAGUGUGUAAGGUCUAUG